GACUUUUAUAUCGGAUUUCUGAGGCAAUGGAAUGAUAUAUAUUGUACCUUUUCAUACUAUCAAUAUUUUGAUAUUGUGAUAUUGUGAUAUCUCCAUUUGUCAACUCGAUCUUGCACAAUGACGAAAGUUACAACCCGUGAUGUUGUUCUCGGAAGACUGAAAAAUGCAGUCAAGAAUAAAGAGAUUAUUGUUGGAGCUGGAGCAGGAAUCGGUCUAUCAGCCAAGUCUGUGGAAGCAGGCGGAGCAGACCUCAUCAUCAUAUAUAAUUCCGGUCGUUUUCGUAUGGCAGGACGUGGAUCAUUAGCUGGUCUCAUGCCAUAUGGAGAUGCUAAUCAAGUAGUCGUUGAGAUGGCCUCCGAAAUCCUCCCCAUAGUAAACGAUACCGGUGUUCUCGCCGGCGUCUGCGCUACCGAUCCGUUCCGUCACAUCCCCACCUUCCUUAAACAGCUGAAAGAACUCGGUUUCUGCGGGGUGCAAAAUUUCCCCACCGUUGGACUUAUCGAUGGACGAUUCCGGGAAAAUCUAGAGGAGACGGGUAUGGGAUAUGAUAAAGAAGUCGAGAUGAUCCGUGUCGCCCACGAAGAGGGUUUACUUACCACACCCUAUGUGUUCAACGCCGACGAUGCGGUGAAAAUGACCAAAGCAGGUGCGGAUGUAUUGGUAGCGCAUAUGGGAUUAACGACUAGCGGGACGAUUGGUGCCAAGACGGGAAGUAGUUUGGACGGAUGUGUGAAGGCAAUUCAGGAGAUUAGAGAUGCGGCUGUGAAGGUGAGAGAGGAUAUUAUUGUUCUUUGUCAUGGGGGACCUAUCGCGGAGGAAAAGGAUGUGGAAUAUGUCUUGGCGAGGACGAAGGGGAUUCAAGGGUUUUUUGGAGCGAGUAGUAUGGAGAGGUUGCCGGUGGAAAUUGCGAUUAAGGAUAAUAUGAAACGGUUUAAGGAGUUGAAGGUUGGGAAUUAGGGGGAAAUAGGUAGAGUGUAUUAUUAGACGAAUAGAAUCAAUUUAGCAUUUGAAGCGUAAACAUGAGGAGGGGCUUGGAAAAUGAAACCAUAAUACAAUUCUAAGA